CCUCCCCUCCGGCAUUACGGCGCCCCGAAGCGUGCGUGCUCGCCGAGAGGAUAGCGCUCCCCACCUCUUCUCCACCUCGCGCCUCGUAGUCGUACUACCAACCAACCCCGGCCGACGCAACUCCAGUCACUCCCGGCCUCCCGCGAUGGUCGCCACGGCGAAGAUCCCGCAGCGGCAGCUCUUCAUCGACGGCGACUGGCGCUGCUGAACCAUCCCACGAGGGAGCUCCAGCAAGGCCGCUCGGGUGGUGCGCUGGACGGUCGCCGACCUCGCGUAACCCUGGCGCCGCACGGCUCCGAGCACCCGGCGACCUCGGCGUACCGCAGGAGCGGACCCGACCCACAGGCGAAGGGUGAUCGAGGAGAGGGGAGAGGCCUGGGCGAGUGGACCGGUCCGAUCGGUCAGGGUGGCGACCAAGGAGCUGAGGAUGUCGAGGAGGGCGGUGAACCCCGGCGGUCAUGGAAAGGCGGCUCGACAUGUGUAGGUGACACUGCUCUGGCCAUUUCUGCGGCUUAUGGGAUGCCUGCUAUCACGAGAUAUCUCCUGGGUCGUGGUGCUGAUCCAACUUGGACGGUGGAACAAAGAAACAAUGAGUUUCUUUCUGUGCGACAACUUUGAGGAUUGGAUUAUAACGUGAAUUGGUUUCUGAUACUCUGUCGCUCAAGUGUUAAUUCUAGUCUUGUUUGCUCACCAUUCAAUGACUUUUGCUAUUAUUAUAGUAGGCGCAAUCAGCAUGACUUCUUAUGUGUUUCUUUUGCUAUUAUUAUAGUAGGAGGUUGCUAUUUUUUUAUUAGAACAAACAUGAAAUUGGUUGCUCUAUUAGGCAACUCAUUUUUUUGUGCUAUUUCCUGGAGCUUCGAGUGAAGAGUACGCUUGCAAUAGGGCAGCCCGGUGCAUGUAGCUCCCGCUUGCGCAGGGUCCGGGGAAGGGUCCGACCACUUUGGGUCUAUAGUACGCAGCCUUUCCCUACAUUUUUGUAAGAGGCUGUUUCCAGGACUUGAACCCGUGACCUCUUGGUCACAAGGCAGCAGCUUUACCACUGCGCCAAGGCUCCCCUUCGAAGAGUACGCUUGCAAUGCCUGCCAUUUUUGUGUGCUAUUUUUUUGUGUGCUAUUCCCUAGUUUGGGAUUUUCUCCCAAUUCCUAGGCAUCUAGUUCCUAUACUAAUAUACUUGUACUGCUCAUGCUGCUGUUGCUAGUGGUCUUGUAGCACACAGCACAUCACUUCUAGUUCCUAUACUAAUAUACUUCUACUGCUCAUCCAACUCUACUGAUACAUGUUUACACUGUUAAUUAUUGGUGAAUGGUGAUGUCUGUGGUCACGAGAUCCUUUCCGCAGUUUGCAAAAUGCUGUGAUGAAUCAUGAAAUCUACAACGUAUGUCAGACUUCAGAGAUGCCAUUUGUCAUUGAUGAGAAGAUAUUUCAUAUUCUGAGCAAUAAUGUUUGCAUUUCAUACUGAUAGUUGCCAAACUAUAAAUUGUUAUAGCCUUUUUUCUUGCUGUCGAUGCAUGCUUAUAUGUUUGAGGGUCAAGUGAUGAGGAAUAAACCAUAAUAUGAUGGAGCUCUUCUCCUCUGAUUCUUAGCAUUUAAGUCUCUGAUGGUACCUCAACACCCUGAUAUGUUUGUGGCUUUCUAUGCUAUCCACAUACUGAAGGAAGUCCUGCUAUCUUCACAACAAAUAUAAUUUUGCUUGAACGAGUUUAUAAAUUGAACUAUCUCCACAACAAAGAUAUUUACCAUUUGUAGUUCCAAUCUAAAGUGUUGCUUGAUUUCAUUUGUGGUUCAAGUGAUGAUGAGAAGCUGCAACAAUAUGACAGGAGUUACACUCUUGUGAUUCGUAGUUUAAAGUCUGAUGAUUUCUUAUCUUCAAAUAACCGUUGUCUUGUGAAGCAUGAGCCAAGCACAUCAAAACGUAUCGUAUCUCUGUAGUUUAAAGUCUGAUGAUUUCUUAUCUUCCUUUGUGGCGCAGUCUGAAUCUCUGUAGACCGAUCGUAUCUGAAGCAUGAGCCAAGCACAUCAUGUCUACAGUUUCAGAACGGAAAACCAAUCAUGCUAUAAGUAUUAAGCAACUCCAUUGCAGUCUAAUUUGUUCUGAAUGGAGAUGAAAACUUUGGAGGGCGAGCUGGAGGAGCUUGAGAAGGGCGUGGAGCCUGCGUGGGAAAGCUUGGUCCACCUGCUCAAGCGCAUCGUCGACAGGCUGAACGUCGUUGACCACAUCAAGGCCGUCAAGGACUCGCCCGACCUCCGUGCCGCCGUCGAGGAUGUCCAGAUGCUGGCGUUUCAUGUUUCGUCGCGAGCAUCAAGACGAAGAAGUCGGAAGAAGCAUAGUUCAAGCUCAUCGGAGCUAGUUCAAGGAGUAACGAAGCCCUUGAUGCUGAUCCGUAUUGGAACAAAUUGAAGCACGAACUGUGACAUAUAGAGCUUGUUAUACUGUAGAGCUUUGAUGCUCAUCGGCUCAUGUGACAUAUUGUACACCUGUAGAGCUUGUUAGUGUGCAGGCUCCCGACGGGCAGCCAACGCUUUUUUGCCUCCAUCUUCCACAUCUUCCCUCCAAAAGACCACAUCAUCAAGUUCAUCAUGUUGGAGGUCCAUGUGCUUCAACAUCUAAUCGAGAUUGUCUUCCGUCCCUGUCCCUGCCACUGAUGAGGACUGCGCCGCGCCAUCCUAUAGCCACGACACUAGAUCCCCGAUGAGGAAAACUAGUCAAUUCACGGUAAAGAUUGCAAUCGCCGCCAGAGCACGAUAAACCCUAACAAGGAUGGUGUGUUUUUUCAUCUUCAGAUAUUAUCUAUUACUCACUCACUAAAGACAU